AAAAUAAAAAUUCGUUGUAGGAGAGAAUUCGUUUCAGUCUUAUAACAGUUUUCAACGCGUUAACAUCGCUAAGAGUUUUUGUGAUUAUACCUUUUAUUUAUUGUUACUGUUACAUCUCAAAUAAAACAAAAUGAGUUCUGCCGAAUACUAUCCAUUCAAGUGCACACCCACUGUCUACCCUGCCGAUCCCUUUGAUCCUGUCGAAGAUGCUGCCAUUUUGCGCAAAGCCAUGAAAGGCUUUGGCACCGAUGAAAAGGCCAUCAUUGAAGUUUUGGCUCGUCGCGGCAUUGUUCAACGUUUGGAGAUAGCCGAAGCUUUCAAGACCUCCUAUGGCAAAGAUUUAAUUUCCGAUUUAAAAUCAGAAUUGGGUGGCAAAUUUGAAGAUGUUAUUAUUGCCCUAAUGACACCCCUGCCACAAUUCUAUGCCAAUGAAUUGCAUGAUGCUGUUGCCGGUUUGGGCACAGAUGAGGAGGCCAUCAUUGAAAUUUUGUGCACCUUGUCAAAUUAUGGCAUUAAAACCAUUGCACAAUUCUACGAACAGAGUUUCAACAAAUCACUAGAAUCAGACUUGAAGGGUGAUACCUCGGGUCAUUUCAAGCGUUUGUGUGUUUCCUUGGUGCAAGGCAAUCGUGAUGAGAAUCAGGGUGUCGAUGAGGCUGCUGCCGUUGCUGAUGCCAAUGCUCUACUUGAAGCCGGUGAAGGCCAAUGGGGCACUGAUGAAUCUGUAUUCAAUUCUAUUUUAGUUACCCGCUCUUACCAACAAUUACGCCAAAUUUUCUUGGAAUAUGAGAAUCUUGCUGGUCAUGAUAUUGAAAAGGCCAUUAAACGUGAAUUCAGCGGUGCUGUUGAAAAAGGCUUUUUGGCCAUUGUACGUUGUUGCAAAUCCAAAGUCGAUUACUUUGCCGAACGCCUAUAUGAUUCCAUGCAUGGCUUGGGCACCAAAGACAAAACUUUGAUCCGUAUUAUUGUCAGCCGCUCUGAAAUUGAUUUGGGCGAUAUCAAAGAAGCAUUCCAAAAUAAAUAUGGCAAGAGUUUGGAAUCAUGGAUUAAGGAGGAUUUGGAAACUGACAUCGGUUAUAUGUUAGAAACUAUGGUGGCUUGGUAAAGAAAACAUAAACAAAUGAGAAAAUACUCAGAAAUAUAGAACAAAAUUUAUUUGUACUUCAUUUACAAAACUUAUCUCUCCCACUACCCCUCUGACAAGCGGAAAAGCCAAAUGUUCUAACUAAAAGAAAUUCCAAAAUGUAUUGUAUUAAUGCAAUAGUAGUAUACCAAAUUGAGAUUUUAAACUUUUUAAAAACCAAAUUAUUUAUUAGUGUAUAUAUAUAUAUUUUAUUUAUUUUCUUUUGCCCUUUUUGUCUGUAUGUCAUUAUAUAAACUUGCUUUGCUAAGAAAGUAAUACAAGGUGCUGUAUU